GAGUGUUUGUGUUGUGGUUUUGGGGGAGGGAGGCGGAGGGGAAAGUUUGUUUAUUUUGUUUUUAGUUUCUGGGGUCCCCGUGUUUCUCGGAGGUGAAGCGGGAGGGAUUGACCCCCUCCCCCGAGCCUCUCAGUACCCCUACUACGUCGCCUCCAUAGCCUGCGAAGGAGCGGGGACCGCGCGCAUCGCAGCGCAUCGCCUCACAGCGGAACGCCGCGCACUCGGAGCCGGCACGGCUCGGCGGGUUUUGGUUUUUGCACUGAAUGUAGUCUAGACUCGUCCUCACGGGCUUGUGUUGCCCCAGGAUACUGUCAAAGGCAGUAUUUGUGUGUUUCUGCAGAGUUUUGCACAGAGUCUGUUCCCAUGCAGACCAAUGAGGGAGAAGUAUCGGAAGAAAGCAGUUCCAAGGUGGAACAGGAGGAUUUUGUAAUGGAAGGGCAUGGCAAGACUCCACCUCCUGGUGAAGAAAGCAAACAAGAGAAGGAGCAAGAAAGGGAAGAACAGUUAAUGGAAGACAAGAAAAGGAAGAAAGAGGAUAAAAAGAAAAAAGAAGCCACUCAGAAGGUCACGGAACAAAAAACCAAAGUGCCCGAAGUGACGAAACCAAGUUUAAGCCAACCAACGGCCGCCAGCCCGAUUGGCAGCUCUCCAUCGCCACCAGUCAAUGGUGGCAACAAUGCCAAAAGGGUGGCAGUGCCGAACGGACAACCGCCAAGCGCCGCCCGCUACAUGCCUCGGGAGGUGCCGCCGCGAUUCCGUUGCCAGCAGGACCACAAAGUGUUACUAAAACGUGGGCAGCCCCCUCCACCGUCCUGCAUGCUCCUCGGGGGCGGGGCAGGGCCUCCUCCCUCCACGGCGCCCGGAGCAAACCCCAACAACGCACAAGUGACAGGAGCGCUGCUGCAGAGCGAGGGUGGGGCCGCACCAGAGUCAACCCUUGGAGGUGCUGCUGCUGCUUCAAAUUAUGCAAAUUCCACUUGGGGCCCGGGAGCCUCCUCCAACAGCGGCGCCUCCCCCAACCCCAUUCACAUCUGGGACAAGGUGAUUGUAGACGGGUCUGACAUGGAAGAGUGGCCUUGCAUUGCCAGCAAAGACACUGAGUCUUCUUCCGAAAACACCACCGAUAACAACAGUGCCUCGAACCCUGGCUCUGAGAAGAGCACUCUGCCAGGAAGCACCACUAGUAACAAAGGAAAAGGGAGCCAGUGCCAGUCUGCAAGUUCCGGGAACGAAUGUAAUCUUGGGGUCUGGAAAUCUGACCCUAAGGCUAAAUCUGUUCAAUCUUCCAAUUCUACUACGGAGAGCAACAAUGGACUAGGAAACUGGAGGAAUGUGAGUGGUCAGGAGAGAAUUGGACCUGGCUCUGGCUUCAGCAACUUUAACCCAAAUAGCAACCCAUCUGCCUGGCCAGCACUGGUCCAAGAAGGAAAUUCUAGGAAAGGGGCAUUGGAAACGGAGACUAGUAAUUCCAGUGCACAGGUUAGCGCAGUAGGUCAGGCAUCCAGGGAACAGCAGUCAAAGAUGGAAAAUGCGGGUGUUAAUUUUGUUGUCUCUGGCAGAGAGCAGGCUCAAAUUCAUAACACUGAUGGACCAAAAAAUGGAAACACUAACUCCUUGAACUCAAGUUCACCAAACCCCAUGGAGAAUAAGGGAAUGCCCUUUGGGAUGGGCUUGGGGAACGCCUCCAGGAGCACUGAUGCCCCUUCACAAAGCACUGGAGAUCGAAAGACUGGGAGUGUUGGAUCUUGGGGUGCAGCUAGGGGGCCUUCUGGAACUGACACAGCCUCUGGACAAAGCAAUUCUGGAAACAAUGGGAACAAUGGAAAGGAGAGAGAGGACUCCUGGAAGGGAGCUCCUGUUCAGAAAUCAACCGGGUCAAAAAGUGACUCUUGGGACAACAAUAACAGGUCUACGGGUGGGUCCUGGAACUUUGGCCCUCAGGACUCUAAUGACAACAAAUGGGGUGAAGGGAACAAAAUGACAUCUGGGGUCUCUCAGGGAGAAUGGAAACAGCCGACUGGGUCUGAUGAGUUGAAAAUUGGAGAAUGGAGUGGUCCAAACCAACCAAAUUCUAGCACUGGAGCAUGGGACAAUCAGAAGGGCCACCCCCUCCCUGAAAACCAAGGCAAUGCCCAGGCUCCCUGUUGGGGAAGAUCUUCCAGCUCCACGGGAAGUGAAGUUGGAGGUCAAAGCACUGGAAGCAACCACAAAGCAGGAAGUAGUGACAGUCACAAUUCUGGCCGUCGGUCGUACCGGCCCACACAUCCUGAUUGUCAGGCUGUCUUGCAGACUCUUUUGAGCCGAACUGAUUUGGACCCCAGGGUGCUCUCAAACACUGGCUGGGGCCAAACUCAAAUUAAGCAAGACACGGUGUGGGACAUUGAAGAGGUGCCAAGGCCCGAGGGGAAGUCUGACAAAGGGACUGAGGGGUGGGAGAGCGCUGCCACACAGACCAAGAGCUCAGGGGGCUGGGGAGACGCGCCCAGCCAAAGCAAUCAGAUGAAGUCUGGAUGGGGAGAGCUCUCAGCCUCUGCAGAGUGGAAAGACCCCAAGAACACAGGAGGCUGGAAUGACUAUAAAAACAACUCUUCCAACUGGGGAGGGGGACGACCGGACGAGAAGACAUCUUCCUCUUGGAAUGAGAACUCCAGCAAGGAUCAGGGGUGGGGAGGUGGACGCCAGCCCAACCAAGGAUGGACUUCUGGAAAGAAUGGUUGGGGAGAGGAGGUUGAUCAGGCAAAAACCAGCAAUUGGGAAAAUGCUGCAAGUAAACCUGUGUCCGGGUGGGGCGAAGGUGGGCAGAGUGAAAUCGGGACUUGGGGGAGCGGUGGGAACGCAAGCCUGGCUUCCAAAGGCGGGUGGGAAGAUUGCAAAAGGUCUCCGGCGUGGACGGAGACAGGCAGACAGCCCGGUUCCUGGAACAAACAGCACCAACAGCAGCAGCCGCCGCAGCAGCUACCACCACCACAACCCGAGGCCUCUGGCUCCUGGGGAGGCCCAGCCCCACCACCUCCAGGCAACGGACGACCUUCCAGUUCCAACUGGAGCAGCGGGCCGCAGCCAGUAACCCCCAAGGAUGAGGAACCCAGCGGUUGGGAAGAGCCAUCCCCACAGUCGAUCAGUCGGAAGAUGGACAUUGACGAUGGCACUUCCGCAUGGGGAGACCCCAACAGUUACAACUACAAGAAUGUGAAUCUGUGGGAUAAGAAUUCCCAAGGAGGCCCAGCACCUCGAGAAGCAAACCUGCCUACCCCGAUGACCGGCAAAUCAGCAUCAGUCUGGAGCAAAAGCACACCAUCUGCUCCAGAUAAUGGUACUUCAGCUUGGGGUGAGCCAAACGAGAGCAGUCCUGGGUGGGGCGAGAUGGAUGACACGGGAGCGUCAACAACAGGCUGGGGGACUGCACCCUCCAGUGCUCCAAAUGCCAUGAAACCUAAUUCCAAAUCUAUGCAAGAUGGCUGGGGGGAGAAUGAUGGGCCAGUGGCAGGAACUCGCCAUCCCAGCUGGGAAGAGGAGGAUGAUGGAGGAGUCUGGAACACUGCCGGCUCUCAGGGAAGCACUUCCUCCCACAACUCAGCAAGCUGGGGACAAGGAGGAAAGAAACAAAUGAAGUGCUCACUCAAAGGAGGAAACAGUGAUUCAUGGAUGAAUCCUCUUGCCAAACAGUUUUCAAAUAUGGGAUUGCUGAGUCAAACUGAAGAUAACCCAAGUAGCAAAAUGGAUUUGUCUGUAGGGAGCCUUCCAGAUAAAAAAUUUGAUGUGGACAAGCGAGCAAUGAAUCUCGGGGAUUUUAAUGAUAUCAUGAGGAAGGAUCGAUCUGGGUUCCGUCCACCUAAUUCCAAAGACAUGGGAACCACAGAUAGUGGGCCUUAUUUUGAGAAGGGUGGCAAUCAUGGUUUGUUUGGAAAUAGCACAGCACAAUCGAGAGGCGUGCACACCCCCGUGCAGCCACUGAACUCUUCUCCUAAUCUCCGGGCGCAAGUGCCUCCCCAGUUCAUUUCCCCCCAGGUUUCUGCCUCAAUGCUUAAGCAGUUUCCCAACAGUGGCCUGAAUCCAGGUCUUUUCAACGUGGGGCCCCAGUUAUCUCCUCAACAAAUUGCCAUGCUGAGCCAGCUUCCACAGAUUCCCCAGUUUCAGUUGGCAUGUCAGCUUCUCCUGCAGCAGCAGCAACAGCAGCAGUUGUUACAAAACCAGAGGAAGCUUUCUCAAGCCGUUCGCCAGCAGCAGGAACAGCAGCUGGCUCGGAUGGUGAGCGCCCUCCAGCAGCAGCAGCAGCAACAGCAGCAGCAGCAGAGGCAGCCCAGCAUGAAGCAUUCGCCAUCUCAUCCCGUUGGGCCCAAGCCACAUCUGGACAACAUGGUACCCAAUGCUCUGAAUGUGGGGCUCCCAGACCUUCAAACCAAAGGGCCAAUACCUGGAUAUGGUUCUGGCUUCAGCUCCGGCGGCAUGGACUACGGCAUGGUUGGUGGGAAGGAGGCCGGAACAGAGUCUCGCUUUAAACAGUGGACCUCCAUGAUGGAGGUGCCCUCUGUAGCCACACAGGAAGCCAAUAUGCACAAAAAUGUCGCUAUCGUGGCCCCUGGUAAGACCCGAGGAGGGUCACCAUACAACCAGUUUGACAUCAUCCCAGGUGACACACUGGGUGGCCAUACGGGUCCUGCUGGUGAUAGCUGGUUACCUGCCAAAUCUCCACCAACAAAUAAAAUCGGAAGUAAAUCUAGCAAUGCCAGUUGGCCUCCAGAAUUCCAACCAGGAGUGCCAUGGAAAGGUAUCCAAAACAUUGACCCUGAAUCUGACCCGUAUGUCACUCCAGGAAGUGUGCUGGGGGGUACAGCCACAUCUCCCAUUGUAGAUACUGACCACCAACUUCUGCGGGAUAACACCACAGGGUCUAAUUCUUCCCUCAACACCUCGCUGCCUUCACCUGGUGCCUGGCCCUACAGUGCCUCUGACAACUCCUUUACCAACGUUCAUAGCACUUCAGCAAAGUUUCCUGAUUACAAAUCAACAUGGUCCCCAGAUCCCAUAGGACACAACCCCACUCAUCUCUCCAACAAGAUGUGGAAAAACCAUAUUUCCUCAAGGAACACUACACCGCUGCCCCGCCCGCCUCCCGGUCUGACCAACCCCAAACCAUCAUCUCCCUGGAGCAGCACAGCACCCCGCUCAGUCAGGGGGUGGGGGACACAGGACUCACGGCUCGCCUCCGCCUCUACCUGGAGUGAUGGUGGUUCAGUUCGUCCUAGUUACUGGCUGGUUCUUCACAAUCUCACUCCACAGAUUGAUGGGUCAACCUUGAGAACCAUCUGCAUGCAGCAUGGCCCACUGCUGACAUUCCAUCUGAACCUAACCCAGGGCACUGCCCUGAUCCGAUACAGCACCAAACAGGAGGCGGCCAAGGCCCAGACUGCACUGCACAUGUGUGUGUUGGGAAACACUACCAUCCUGGCUGAGUUUGCCACCGAUGACGAAGUCAGCCGCUUUCUGGCACAAGCUCAGCCCCCUACACCUGCAGCAACCCCGAGUGCGCCCGCCGCGGGCUGGCAGUCCCUGGAGACCGGCCAGACGCAGUCAGAUCCCGUCGGACCUGCUCUGAAUCUUUUCGGUGGGUCCACAGGGCUCGGGCAGUGGAGCAGCAGUGCUGGUGGCAGCAGCGGGGCCGAUCUUGCCGGCGCUUCGUUGUGGGGCCCCCCCAACUACUCUUCUAGCUUGUGGGGAGUCCCGACCGUGGAAGACCCUCAUAGGAUGGGCAGCCCUGCUCCUUUACUACCUGGUGACCUUCUGGGAGGAGGGUCGGAUUCAAUCUGAACUUAGAACUUUCAACUCUGACCUCGUGACCUUUUUUGGAACAGCAGCAGCACUAACUUGACCUUUUCGUUUUUUUUUUCAACUUGCAAUAAAUACAUUUUUAAAAGGAAAAAAGAAAACGGAGAGAGAGAAAAAAAAAAAGGUGGGUCAUUGACAGACUGUCUGAGCACAUAGUUGCCUCCCUUCUAACUUCAGUUUUUUCGUUUGGAAUAUGAAUCCAAAAAGAGAACAUAUCACUCUUGAAAUACUUGAAUCAUGAACGCCAACCUAGAAAGACAAUGUGAAGCAAGUACACAUACCAUUUAAAUUUAAACACACAAAAAAAUUAAAAAAAUUAGUUUCUAGUUUUUCACUUUUUUCAUGUUAUAUGGAAGUUGUUGCUAAGAAACAUAUAUACUGAAAAAAAAAAUAGCUUUUUAACUUUGUUUGCACUGGGUGUGUUUCCGUCCUUAGGUCUACCAUGUUUGGGAGGGAGGGGAAUUCAAAAGCAUUGUUGGGGUGGGGGAGGGAAGACUUGACGGAGCCUCACUUUAAAAACAAAAACAUAAAAAACCUAAAAAAAAAAAAAAAGGAAAAACUUUGUGAUUGGCUGGUUGAUAAAUACCAGUGUGUUCUGGCACAUGUAACUGCCCAGGCAUGCUCGUUCUGGUGUGUGUGUGCACGUGUGUUCAUGUGCAUUCGCGUGCAUCCUUCUCUCGGUCUCUGUGUGUGUGUUGUGUGCCUGUGUCCUCCUCUUCCUCCCCACCCCCGAGUUCUCAGAAAGCUGCAUUGCUGACAGUCCGCAGGCUGGCUGGCCGGCCAUCUGCUUUUUAUUUUUAUUUUAUUUUGUUUUUUAACUAUGAGAACACAGGAGCACGAGCACCUCGGGGAUCCGCUGCUGCUGAAGCCACCCCGUUGGGCUGUAUUGAGAUGAACAGAGUGCUUUUUUAAUGACGAAAGCAGGGAGUUCUUUACAUCUACGAAGUAGCCCGAGCGAGUUUUCCAUAGCUUUUCUUUUGACCUAGCAGUAGAGUGGAGCACUGCCAAGUCCCCAAAGCCAGGAGAACAGGAGGUACCUCUUGGAGCAACUGUGUGUUUAUUUCUGUUUUGGGAAGUAAGUGGCCACUGGGCACAUCUGAAUAUCCAUUCAAUUUCAUGCUGGCCUUUUUGUUAGUCUGAAUGGGAACAGAUGAUAAGACAGUUUUUAGUGCUGUGAUGUCUCAAAUGCAAAAAAAAAAAAACUUAUUUCCCCUUUCUUGUAAUCAGGAAUGAGAAAUUGGUCGGAAAGUCAGGUAAUGCUGAAUUUAAAAUUUCUCUUGGUUCUCUAUUAUUUUAUGAAAACAAACAAAAAAAAGGUUGUGAGCAGCCUCCUGCAAGCAUCUGCAGCUCCUCCUCUCUGCUCCCUUCUUGCUGAGCGUUACCUGUGCCAGGCCGCGGCGUGUUACAGCACCGGGCCAUCACUGACAGAAACGUUUACUUAACGAAUGUUCUUAAACCAGUGUGUACUUCAAGCGUUUCCUUUUGUUUCUCUGUGUUGUGUAUUUCCUGUGUAUGUGGUUUUGCUUAGGCAGGUAUAACUUAGCAAAGACUUUUUAAGUAUUGCACCUUUUUUUGGUUUUGACCUCUUUUUUUUUUUCCUUGUAAUGUUGCUUUUUUUAUUUCGGUAUUUAAAGACUUUUUUUUUUUUUUUUUAAGCAUCAAUGUAGUAGUACUCUGGGCCGAAUAGGGGGCAACUUUUAAUCCACAGUUAUCACCAACGUGUAUGUACUUAUGUUGGAAUCAAAAUGUAUCAAACUGCUUUUUGUGAAGAGUUAGAGCAGACCUGAAGGGGUGGAUACCCCUUUGUACAAAGCAGAUGGCUGGCGGGGGGUGGGGGGGUCGUGUGCCGGUGACGUGCCAGCACAUGUGUGGACACCCCAGUCUGCAUUAUACUGUUUAACAUAAAGUGCCGACAUUCUGUACCAGCAAAUACCUGCCCAUUCCAACCCUUGGUGGGAGCAGACCUCUACUGUCCUCCGUAACUUGCUGCUAGUGAGGACAAGGGAGUUUUUCUUUCUUCAGCAUCUUUAGUGAAGGAUACAACAAUGCCUAAUAAUGCGUUUGACUUAUAGCUGUGUCUGUGGGUGGGGGGUGGGGGGUGGGUGUGUAUAGGAAAAGGCAAAAGCUAAUUGUUUGCAUUUAAGCGGUUUUGUGAGACAAAGAAUGGGAAUUCUGUAGUCCUCUCGGCUUACUCUGUUGAUAAACCUAGCCUUGAAAGAGAUUGACACACUUAACUCAAGUGAGCAUUGGCUCACUCAAGUCUUUCUGAGCCCUUCGUGGGUAGGUGGUCAGACUUGAGUUCCCAGCGUUGGUUUGGUCCCAUUGGAUGCCUUGUAGAAAACUAACUGUGCCCUCCGGUUCCAUCGCCACCACGCCCCUUCCACUUCUGCCCACGCACAAAACGUCUCCUUCCAGCCCCCACCGACCGCUCUCUUCGUGGGGGAGGGCAAACCCCUGCCAUGCCUGGUGACCUCCAGCUGAAGAGCAGCUGUGUUCAGAUACCCACAGAAGGCUAACUCUGAAUGUCCCUGGGCCGGGUGUGUGUCCGGAGGCUCACACGAGCCUGUGGUGACUGUCCACUGCCGCUCUUGGUCCCCUGCCGUGUCCUGCCCUACCCUCCUCUCUUCCUGCCUGUUGGUUCCUUGACCUGCACUAUGGGUUAGUUGAGUUCCUUACGAUACUACGGUGAAAGCCGGGUGCUAGAGCCCCUCUUGUUUACAAGACAUAAUGAGGGAUUUGAAAUAUGUAAAAAAAAAAAUAAACAUGAGAAGCUAAAAUGUUCUUCCAUCAUAAGCUUAAAGGGAAAAAAACUAAAAACUUAAAAAAAGACCAAAAAGUGCGUAUAUAUAUACAUAUAAAUAUAUAUUUUAGAUGAAGACUAACUCUGGGAGCAUUUAACAGUGUUUUUUGUUUUUGUUUUUAACAUUUAUUUUCCUGCUUUAAAAUUUGCAAGCAUUCUCAGGAAUUCUAGGGUAGGAAGCCAGUUUUUGGAAGAUGGUUUAUUUAACCGUAUCUUAUCCUAGAUAGACGGCCGUUUCUUUCCUGUUAAUAAACUUUUACAAGUUCCUGAAACUUCAGAAAGUUUAAACAAUUUUUACUUAAAAAAAUGUAAAAAGUAAAGAUUCCAAAAGUUAUUGUCAUACUGGGGAUCACACAUUUUAAAACACAUAGAAAGAAAUAUUUUUUAAAAAUUACCAAUUUAGCAGCAACAAGUAAAUUGACUAUCUUAAAAAAUAUGGGAGAAGGAUUAAACUUUAUAAGAGCUCUAUCAUGGAUUCAUUUCAAAUUAUGUAUAAUUUAAUGGGAGAGUGUUUGGUGUAUAUAAAUGGGACUGCCAUCACUUUAUUUCUUUCCAUUUAAGACUGAGCUAAAAUCUCCCUGAGGAAUUUUUAUUUUUAUUCAAAGGAACCUUUCUCCCUGUCCCCCCAACUCCAGCAACAAAAGAAAGGAAGAAAGAAACAACAGCUUAAAAAAAAUAGUAGCUCUAAUCUGUAAAAUAUUACGGUUGGAUUGCUGAGAAUCUAUGUAAAGAGUUAGGAAAUAUAGGUUAAUAAUUUUUGGAACAAAUUUUAAAUGUAGGCAUUACUAGAAGAAAAAUAUCUAUGGACUGUUCUAUUAAUGAAGAAUGUGUGUCUUACCUCCGUUUGCUAUGGGAGGAGAAAAUAGUAGAAGAAUCUAAUAAGGAACAAGUGAUUUUACUUUUUUUAGCUCCCAGCUACUGUUAUGCUCAUUUUAAUUGCUGUUUUGAAGAUCUGCUGCUUAAUUUCCCCAUCCCUCAGCCAGAGAUGUGGAGUAUUUCCUGUCAGUUUUUGGUGAUGUUGAAUUCUCCUGUUGUAUUCCCUCCUGGGGCCAGGGGUUAGAAUUCCCAAGCAUGACCACAGCUGCUUUUAAACAUCUAAGCUUCCCGGUGGGGAAAGAAACUCCAGCUCGACAGGUAAAGGGAGUGGGUGGGGUUGCUGCCUGCAAUUUCUCUAAAACCGCUUUAGUGCCUUCGUACACACACUCGGACAUCCUGAGCAGGGGGAGCGCGUGUGUAUGUGCAUGUGGUCUCGUCCCUCCAGACGGUGAAAUGCCCACCCGUUACAGAGAUCGGAGUGGUUCUGGACGGGCCCCAGAGGCAGUGGGCCAAAUGCAAAUUCAUUCAACAGAAAUCAAGGAAAUGAAGAGUACGCUUUUAUAUCUCGAUUAUGUGGGAUGCCAAGGGCCUUCCUGGCCCUGUGCAUCAGCUUCUUGAGUGACAGCUGCAGUGACUGGGAACGUCUCUUUGUGUCAAGCCAGUAGGAAGGGGUUCCUAUUUUUCUGCUCUUGUCCUUUGUCUCUUCCCUUUCCCGCCAAGCCCCACUUUCCUUAUCGCAUUGCUGGAAGCUUUGCUUUACUGGUUGGCAGUGACCUAAGAACAGGAUACAUUGUGAGGAUACAACGGAAGAGAAAAACUUUUCUUUCCACCGUAUUCCUUGGCAAGAGCCAUCUCUGCUGGGAGGUCAGAUGGCUUCAGGACACUUAGAAAUGCGAUGGAAGCAUCUUUUCUUCCACCACAUUCUGGCAUGGGUUCAGGGGCUUGCUGGUCACCUCGCAUUACACAGAUUUACUUUAUGAACAUUUUGAUCAUGUACAUUUGAGCUUUCCAGUUUUUACCAGGUUCCGGGUGUCCAGCUCUCAAAUAUCAUGAACUUGGUUUCUGUUGACCACAUGAGUGGCCAAAAGGAAGGAAGUACUAGAAGGGGAAGGGAAGUCUUCCAUCAGACUGGGGACCUCCCCUGGCAAUUGAGAUCCAGUGCCAUGACCUAAUUUUAGGUGUUUAAGAAAAAGUACAGAUCUCCGAGUCACUGUGACGAAAUGGAUGGUCCAUGUGGCAUCUCAGAUUCCCCAGUCCCCAGCCCUUGAUCGUCCUCAUUUACAGCAUUCACAGGUGUUAGCUUAGCUCUGCAGGUUAAAGUUCCAAAGCACAGUCUUUCAUCAGUGUCCCCCAGUCAGUCAACAUUACGCCUCAGUUGCCAUUCAGUCUGUUUUAGCAGCUUGAUUUGUGAUUGCUAUGACUCCUUUUCUAAGAACUUUCCCACCUCUUCUGACAUGAAUGUAGCAUAAAUUAGCAAUGGGUUCUUCCAAGUUCCUAUGCGUUGAAUGUGGUGUGUAAGGAUAUGCAGAAAGAAAAAAAGAGAAAUCUCUAAGAAUUUGGGAGAGAGCUGUUGUUAAUAUAGCUAGCAGAAGCUAAAAUUCCACAGGCUAUUAACUAAUUACAAGUAUUCACUUUCACCACUUUUGUGGGGGGAGGGGGCAGUUUUUGUAAAGUUAACAGCCAGAUUCCAUAUUGACCUCUGAUGCUGUGAUCAUUCUAUUUUUUUUCUCUCUACUGCCAUCUUGACUCUUUAAUAGAAUGAAGAUGUCUGUGUGCUGAGCAGAACGUUUAGGCCUAGCCUUUUCUCUGCCAUGUAAACAGGAUGUUUUCAGCAGAUUUGGCUAUAAUAGUCAUCUCUCAGAUUCGGGAACAAUUGAGUCUUUAUGCAGAAAAGGUCCCCUUCGCCCCCAUCCUCAGAGUUCGAAUGCAACAUGCAACACUCUAGGUUAUUGUUCUGAGUUUGGGUUUUUUCUUUGCUUUUACUUCUCUAUUAUAUCCUUAGGAGUAGAGAUCCAUUUUUAGCUGGUUUAAAAAAAAAAAAAAAAAUCACCUUUCUUCCAGUGUUUUGCCAUACUUCAUGUAUAUGCAUUAACUACACUUGUUAGUGUUACUACAAAGAGAAAUCUUGGUUUCCGCCCCCCCGAGUGUACAAAUAAGGUUAUGUGUGAUAGUGCAGAUGUAAAUAGCCUCGCCCAUGUGUAUAAAUGAACUGUCAAUCUCUAGACCUCAGCAGUUAAUUAGAAAACGGGCUGCCCUCCCCCUGGGCUGCAGACUGUGCCACAGACUCUCUGCUUUCUUAUCCACAAGUACAGGGUAUCCACACAGUCUAGAAACAGGCAAGUAUAUAAGCUGUCAUCAAGGUCAUCAUCAGUCUGUUACAGAACAUAGAAUAUUACCUCUAUUUCCAGAGUUAGUGCACACCCUGUGAUAAGGCCUGUAGAUUUAUGGCCAGUGCCAAAGGUGUGUAUAUUUUCAGAGAUGGUCCCCAUUUGUUGAUGAUGGCAUUGUUUUCUUGACCUGAAAUUUGACAAAGGAGGUACUGGCAACACAGUCUUUAUUUGGAAUAAUUAUCAACUUCAAGAAUCUCUGAACACAGUAAUAACAUAAUUAAAAUUGAACAAUGACCCUGCCCGCUCCAGCAGAGGAAGAGGCCUUGGACACCCACAGGAUGGUAAAGGGAACACUGGUGGGAAACAGCUCUACUCCCCACCAACUGGGUCUCCAUGCCAUCCUCAUAUAUAUGGUCACUUGGUCUAGAUCUGGAGUAAUUCCCAAGUAUUUGAUCAUUUGAGUGGUUUUUAAACUGGCAAUCUCUUGUAAUAACCUCCAGCCACCACCAAAAUGGCAAAAGCGAUAGAAAUUGCCAGUUUGCCUCACAGAGUUUAAAUAGUUUCCUCUUCAGCUAGCUGGGCAUCUGAAUUUGUUUUUAACAACUCUGCAUGCCAGGAAAAAUGGUACUGCCCUGAGCAAAAAGUCUCUGCAAAAUUCAGCUGUUGUUUCUUCUUUGUAACAAAUGCUUGACUUGUUCACAGAAGGAGAAAGGUCAAAAAGAGGCAAGUGUUCUGUCUUAAAUUGAAAAGAAAUAGUGUUUCCCUAAAGUACUUUGUGCCUCCAUUUCAUUUUCAAACUAUAAAUCAUUGCUUGGAAAGUAAAUUCCCAAUUGGAAUCGAUCCCUUUUGAGCCAAUAUUAACAAGCUGGGAUUGUGUCUUUUUUUUCCCCUCAAAAAGUGGAAUUCCUUCACUGCUGCUGGUGAGCAGCUAAAGAGUAACUGUGGAGUGGCUUCUAGUGUGAUUGUGGAGCCGAGUGCCUGCCUUCCCUUUCAGCCCCCCACUUCCCUGGACCUCUUACUGCAUCUGGAGGGCCUUCUCCUUGGGCUCCCGAAAGGCAUGCACAAUCCUGGGUGGGCAGCGGCAGCUGGCUCGUGGGAGGUGAUGGGAGGCAAGCCGCCGCUUCGCUGCAGGACCAGCCUGACAGCUGAGCUUUAAGGAGAGGAAGACAGUGUAUCUUGGGUGUGUCCACCAAAAAUGCAAAAGGUGGAUAGGGUAUUUAUAUAAAACAGCAAAAAAAACCUUUGGAACCCUUAAAGAAAUCACAUACCUUUUAAAGGUAGUAGUUUUCACCAAGUGAUGCAUUCAGCAUGGCACGUCUCGCCAGAAAUCUUGGGCUGAGUUAAAAGAUAAUGUGUUUAAAACACCACCUCCUUUUAAAAUUUUGUCCAAGGAGUUAAUUUCCUAAGUGUAGUAUUUCUGAAUGUGCCUUUGUGAGUUCAGAGACCGUCUGUUUUAGGAAGAACCUACCCAUUGGGAUAAAACAGACGGUCCCCUUAGUCUGUAGGAAAGUCAGCAUUUCUCUGGGCCACCGCCGUGGCGGCCGAGGGUCUUCAGUAGCAUCAGUGUUGCACACUGCAGAGUCAUGGGGAAGGAGUUCGGGGACUUGGGACAGGGAACGAGGAGGUGAUGGUGCACAGAUGACGGACACCGGGUUGGUCCAGGAGUGCCAGUUGAACGUGUCUCUCAGCAUGGCCUAGUCUCCGUGUAUAUGUGCGUGCGUGGCUGUGGCUGUCUUAGUUUUCGUUUUCCUGUAAGCACUGGAGAAUUGCAGUCUGGUGACACGGAUUCGUGGCACAUCUGUGCACGUCGAGCAGGCAUGUUCUCGCUCCUGCCACGCACAGUGCAGGCAGCGCGUGGCCACCCUUUGAGUCUGUGUCCUGAGAAGGCAAUUCUUUUCCCAAAUGGAAAUCACAUAAUGUUGCUGUUUGUGCGAACAGGGUAUAUUACACACAAGGGAAAGGCUUUUGAAAGGAUGAGUUGGACAUGUUUGAGAAAGAAAAGUGAAAAAUCAGAAACCAUGUUUUAUUUCUUCAGAACCAUUGUAGUUCAACAUUAGAAAUCCACAGCGUCUCCUUUGUUUCACGUUUGUUUUAAACAAUUCCGCCUCUUCUCCCCACUCCCUCCUAAAGAGAUAUCAAGUGAAUGCUAAGGGCCAUUUCCAUAAUUCCUCAGAACUCCCCAAAGGGGAAAGCAAUCCCUCGCAAGAUUCCUCCAGCUUCAUUCAGGAAGACCCGGGGCGAUGCUUCUGCACUAGCUCCGUCCUCUCUCAUGGCCUUGAAAUGUAUUAUUAUGCAAAUGUGAAUUUUGAUACUGAAUUUAAGAAGAGGUUGUUGGAUUUUUUUUUUUCUUUUCAAAAAAAAGAAAGGGGUCCCAUAUGUGGUCAUCAUUGCUUCUUUAUUUUGUAACGUGAAUUGUAACUAUGCAUUCUGCAAAGGGGGGCGUGGGGUGGGGGAGAGGGCAGAAAGGGGACGGACGUAGCUUUGCAUCCUUGUUCUACGGUUUCUGUGUCCAUGGUGUGACCCCUCUGCUGGCAGGGAAGGGGAGUGAGAGCGAGAAGCCAAGCCGUAAGGUCCGCAAAGUGAGGUAUACAGGGCCCUGUGAGCCUCGGCCCAGCACUUCCUGGGGUUGGGGGUUGGGGGGCGCCACUCCUACCAACCAGCAUGGCCCAGGAUCUCCAUCCUAGCUGUGCAGUGCUAGUUAGCCUGGUGCAGCAUGAGGCCCCCGAAGGCCCCUCCACCCUGCCCCACUGCUCUUUUCUCUGGAGAAAAAGUUCUCACCCUUUGCUGAAUUCAGAACCCUUGCAAGCUCAGGAAACCAUGCCUCACUCAUGCUGACCUUAAUCUUUAUGUCAAUUUCAGAAACCACCUCCUCGCUCUGUUUUAAUUUUUCUUCUUUGAUGUUUUUAAGUGAAUUUAAUUGUAAGGAAACUCUCUGGAGAAGAGGACGGUUGCGUGACAGGCCAAUGGGGCUUCUCUUUCCCAACCCCUCCCACUCCGCCAUACUGACAUCUCUGCCGCCCUGCAGUUACUAUGCUGUGUGUAGCUGGUGAGCAGGGAGGUGUUUGAAAGCCUGCAGCCUCCUAUUUGUCCUGACAGCAUUCCUCCGUUGAUCUUGCCUGCAGUGAGUCGUGGCCUCUGCAUUGCUCUGGUCUAGGCAUUUUUGGCAACACACAGUGUCCUAAUAAAGCAAGAAACAGUGUUUCCAUGCAGCUUUUGCUGUUGACAUUCACAGUACUGUAACAAGUAACAGACUUGACCAGUCUCCUCGUGCCCCUGCGAGCCUGCACGGGCACGGUCUUAUCAGGGUUCCAAUCUAUUAGAUUGCCUUUAGACAAAAAAAAAAAACAAAACACAAAAAAACAGAAUUCUGAGUUUCAGCUAACAAAACAAUACCUCCAGGUCCACUUCCCCUGCAGUGUAGACCUUUUAACUCCCCUUCUUUUCUGGCCAUCAGUGAGUUAUCCUUGGAAAAAUACGAACGUGUAAAUAGCAGGAUAACUUUUACAAUGUUUUCUUUGCUGUGAAAAUAACCCCAAAAUAUGAUAUUUUCCACAUUUUUUUUAAAGCCAUAGGAAGUUUCAGCUCUUUUUCUUUCACAUUUAAGAAGAGCAGAACAGGUCAGGGGAGUGGACUUGAGUUUGUGGGAUGGCAUUCUCUCUAUCACCUUCCACACACAGUGAUAGCAGACCAGUGUUUAAACCCUGUUUGAAAUAGAGGCCAUCCAUUUCAGCUCUAGGUCCAGGGUGGGGAGUGUCUGGAUUGCUCUCUUCUGGAAUCUGUCACCUCCAGGGACUCCAGAACGUUUUCUCCCUGAGACCUUGAGCUCUCAACCUUCCUUGGUUCACACACACACACUUUGAGUAACUGUAGAUCAUAAAGAGAGUCAGUCCCUGGCAUUUCAGUUCUGUGCUGUAGAAUUCAUAGCCUUGUCACUGAUGCUCUGGAAAUGAGUUGAUUUCUUAUUUGGAAGGAAACUCCUCCGAGACGUGCGGACAGCCUUCCUGAAAGGCACUCGCACCCUCAUAUUGUUCUCUCUCCACGAGGCUUGAAGCUGACAUUAGGUGGAGGGAAACAAGUUUAAACAAGUGCUGCUUUUAAGGAUCUGUCCGCUACUGCGUUCCUAGAUUUGGCCACUCACGAGGCAGGAUCAGAAUAGAUCAUUAGAGAUAGCUUCUUCACAGCCUCCCUAGCUCCCCCCAUCUAAACAUAAACCCUGUAUCUGUCAAGAAGCCUGUUAUAGGUUGGGCUCCCUGAUCUUUGUCUAGUGACGACUUCCUUUGAGGGGAAGAAACUUGAUAAUAAAUGCACACAUAUUCACCACCCACCUUCUGAUUUGGGCGCUGUCAACUUGCAGAUUUUAUUUCUCUGUGAUGGCCCUUUUUCUAUCCAUUUCUUCCUCUGGUCCCUCCUGAGGUUUUCCUGCCCUUAUGUCCCAAGGGGGCGCUCCCGAAGGGCUCUGCUGAUCUCUGCACUUCUAUCCUGGGACACAUCCCCCACCACCCUUUGCACACACACCAGUGACCAAAGUGUGUCCAGUGAUCUCACAGAAGAUAUCAAAAAUGGUGCAUGCACCGUGAAUGUGCUCACAGAGACACGUGCACAAGAUUCUGCACCCUUGGCCUUAACCUCAGUAUGACUUUAGGUGCAGAAACAUUUUUAACAGGUUUUAAAAAAAAAAAAAUUCUGGGAGGGAAAAAAGCAACAGCUCAACUGUGCCCACUCCUAAGUCUCCCAUUAUUUGCUUACGACUUACUCUGUGCCCACCCCACGCCCUCCCUGUUUCGAGUAACUAAAAUCAGACAGAGAAGCAACCUGAGGAGAGGUUUCUGGACUAUUUUAUCUUUCUCCAUGUGGAUGGAGAGAUAUAUGCUGCUUUUGGGUUCCAUAAUCCUAGGGGGCUAUGUUUACAUAGUAAAAUACAUCCUACCAAAUCAGGAAACUGAAGAAUGGGAAUCUCUGCAGUGAGAAUUAGGUCACUGAUGGUGAACGAGAGAAGUGAAGGCCUGGGGUGGGGGCAGAGGAGAGGUGGGGAAGCACCACCUGGUGGCGCGGGCGGCGCUGCCCCUCAGUGCCCCCUCCUCCCACGUGUCUCCCCUUGCCCCCUCUCACAGACAGUGCAGAGGAGGGCAUCAGAAAAAGGCUGGAUCUUUAAAAGGCAGCUUUCCAACUUUGCACACAAACAGGUAACAGGAAGGUACAGCAAAAACCCUCUCAUCUGAAACACUGUCCACAGAAACAAAAGCUGUAAACGUGACUAAAUGGCUGCACAAUUUUGAUGCUCUCUGCAAGUUACCUAGAAGUGUUUUGUUUUUUUCUUAUACUUGAAAUAGCUUUUACAAUAUUGUUUUGAUGACUUUCUUUUCUCUCUUCUAGUGGGCGAUAGAGAAAGUGGAUGUUGGGAUUUAAGGAAGUUUGAGGGGAGAAAAGGGAGGAUAUGGCAUUGUCUUUUUUUUUUUUUUCCUUAAAUACAGAGGUUUAAUCAGACUCCCAUAUGUUGAAAUUGCUCCUCAUAUGACUGGUUUUACAUGGACACAGAAACUAGGCACUUUAGAGGUGCACUUGCAUGGCAGGCUGGGCCCCCCUUUUCUAUAUUUUAUUUUACUUUUUUAGUAUAGUGGUACUUAAAAUCACUGGUUCACUUAAAAAACAAACAAUAAAAUGUUAAACUCUACUAAUGUACAAAUAAGCUGAAAAGUUGCAUUUUAUGUGUAUUUUUUGCCAUAGCAGGUACUGUAUUUCUCAUGCUGGAUUUCAAAAAAAAAAGUCAAAAACAAAAAAAACUAAAGGGUGGUCUUUUAUUGGAUUGUGACAGGUUGAGUAAUAAGGAAUUAAGUCGUCGUCAUUUCAUUAAAACUGAGAGAUGAUGUAAUGCAUAUAUAAGAGUUUUCUGAAGGGUUUUUUUUUUUGGGCUUUUAAACAGCUUAUUUUUGUUUUUGUUUAGUUUUUUAUUUUAUUUUAUUUUGGAAAGAUAUGAUUGUAUUAUGUGCAACUCAGUUGCUUACAUUAUAACUACAAAAUAUUUUUGGGUUCCUGGAAAAAAAAAAAAGAAAAAAGACUAAUAAAUGUGUUUGGCUGCUAAGCA